AUGUCAUCAUCCAGACCAGCCCCGAAAACCUCUGAAACGAACGAACGUGCUUCCACUCUGGGUCCUCCUACGCCCCCAGUAAUCGAUCCGCUUGGAUUGAAUCUCAUCAAACUCUUCACGCGGGACAACACAGUCCCCUUCCCCGAUAAACCCAACCAGGAGUAUUUCCGUUCUAUCGAGGCGAUUGAGGAAAUGAUCCAGACAAUCAACGAGGGUGGGGACUCGUUGGAGGCUUGGAAGAAGAUGGACAGCUAUCCAAUGCUGACGAAGGAGGAAAUGCGUCAAUGGGUGUUGGCAAAGAGUGAGAAGGAUGCUUCCCCAGACCAUCCGGAGCAACCGGAGGAGGCGAGGGAUGGGAGCGAGAAGGGAAAGAUGGGUGGUGAAGAGUAG